UGCCGGAGAAGGGCCCGGAGCCGUGCGCGGAGCCCAACGCGAAGAGCCCCCGGGGCCGCCCGGCUCUCACGGCCGCUCUCUCCCGCAGCCGUUCUGAAGGCGGAGCCGGCGGCCGUCUUCAAGUUCCCGCUGGCUCCCCUGGGCUGCUCGGGGUUGGGCUCGGCGCUGCUGGCCGCCGGCUCGGGGCUGCAGGGCGGCUCCGCCUCGCCCCACCUCCCGCUGGAGCUGCACCUCCGCGGCAAGCUGGAGCCGGGCGGCCCCGAGCCGGGCAGCAAGGCCAAGAAGGGCCGCCGCAGCCGCACCGUCUUCACAGAGUUGCAGCUCAUGGGGCUGGAGAAGCGCUUCGAGAAGCAGAAGUACCUCUCGACGCCCGACAGAAUAGACCUGGCCGAAUCGCUGGGGCUCAGUCAGCUCCAGGUGAAAACCUGGUACCAGAACAGGCGCAUGAAAUGGAAGAAAAUAGUGCUGCAGGGGGGCGGCCUGGAGUCCCCCACCAAGCCCAAGGGCCGCCCCAAGAAGAACUCCAUCCCCAGCAGCGAGCAGCUCUCGGAGCAGGAGCGCGCCCGGGACGUCGAGAAACCCCCCGAGAGCCUGGGCUCGCCGGCUGAGGUCAGCCAGGAGGAGUGAGGGCACGGCCCGGCCCCACCGCCGCCGCCCGGGAGCGCGGGGACUCCCAGCGUCGCGCCGGGCCCCGGAGCGCGUUGCCCCGGGCGGGAGGAACCCCGUGCGCAGCGGCCCGGGCGGUAGAGGACGGGGGCAGAGGGCGGUGGGGCCGCGGUCGGAGCACUGAGCGCACAGCUCGGGUCCCGGCCCUGAGACCCGCGGUGCGCGGUGGCCGGGGGGCACCGGGUCCGCCCUCGGCGUUGCUCGCUGCGUGAAACCCUGUGGUGCCCCCAGUUACUCGAAAACUGCAUUUUAUGAUCGGUUUUAUUAAUGCGAAGAUAUUUACUUUAUUUCAAUAAA